AUUACAAAUAAACUGAUGAUACAAUGUUCUCAAUGUUGUUGUGAAUUUAAUACAUUGUGAGAAAUAAAAGAAAAUAGUACAUACCUAUUACUUACUUACCGUCACCAUAGAAACAAAUUAUUUUAUACGCUAUGUUACGAAAACGAUAAUGUAAAUUCCGACAUGUUAGUUAAAAUUUAGCGUUAUUAAAGAAAAACAAUAUAUAGACCUAUUUUAAAAAUAACUCUAGUUAUCCUAGAGUCCCAAUAGUGAAAUAUCGUUUGAUAAUACGGAAAAGAAACUUGUAAGUGGAGACUUGUGCUGAUUCAUGUGUUCUCAAACCUUGGUGCUGACAAAGACUGAAUUAGUUUUAGAAGAGUGCGAGAAAUCAAGACUGACAGAUAUGAUGAUGACAUAAUGUCUAAAGUACUGAGCGCCCUCGGUGGCGCUUUACCCGACGAGAGGCCGGUUCUAUCUCUUCAGAUCGUGGAGACAGUUGCCAAGUGCCCCGCCGGGUACUGGCCGGUCAGUCGGACUUACGACGAAGACUCCGACGCUGGACUACAGAGACAGAAUGGACUGUUCGGGAAAAAGUCGAGUCACUACAUCUGCCUCUCCAAGUCUGAGGGCGUACCGGGGUACGUGAUGGACGGGAUGGCCGUGAUCGGCGACGGAGAGCUGAUCCCGGCCGGGUACAGCGUGGCGGGUCGAGCCGGGAAGCGCCGUCUGUGCACGCGCGUGUCGCGUCACACCGCCUCCGCCACCUCACUCGUCACUGACGUCAUCGUCUGCUCGAAGAUGAGGACCGCACCGCAGGGCUUCAUUCUGGCCGGUGCGAUAAGCGGUAAAAUGGUGUGUUACAAAGUGAGCGGGGGCAGCGCGGACACGUCGCCGACGCAUGCGCACAACGAGUACGAGAACGUCGUCACCAACCUCACGCCCGAAGCCAACAGGAGAUUGCGAGCAGUACCCGAACGACCUCCUAAGCUUCCCACUCUCAUCACGGAUCUGAACAACUUGAACAUAACCCAGUCGCCCGCUUCGUAUCCCAAAAUCAACGGUCUCGUGACGGACCACGACUACGAGGCCUUGAAUCCUUCGUAUAAUAUCAAGCCGAGUAGGCCCGCGCCCCGGCCUCCGUCCUCGAAGUCCCCGGUACCCGAAGCGAAGUCCCCUCAGCCGGUCGCGAGGAAGAAAGGCCCCGCCCCCCUACCCGGGCCGAGGAACACGAUAUACCAGACCCUGGGAGGAUAUAACGGCAUGGAAGGAGUGCCGUUUGUGUUGAACUCCAAGCUGCGAGGGCUGCCUAGUGAUUCGCUGACUCAAUUCCCGGUAAUAAAGAAACGAACGCGCUUCGAGCUCGACCGUGACUAUUCGUACAACUUCGCAAUCGAACGACAGACGUGAGACGAAACCGUCUCGACUCUAUCUACGUAGACGUAAGGACGCUUCAAAUUCAAGUGAGAAAAAUAUUGUGCCAUCUGCGAGUUCUAAGGACGUCAGUUUCACAUAAUAAUAAUAAUAUGAAAUAAUUAUAUACUCCACGGGCCCGCGGCCACAUACAACUUUUCGCUUGAAACUUUAUCCAGGAAAAUUAAAAAUUUUCACUAUCACACAAACAGUAAGAAAUUCAAAUCGAUGUACAUAUUAACAAAAAAGUAAUAUUUUCUUCGGCUUUUACUAGUCGAAAAAAUUAUUAUAAACAAACAUAAUUAAAAACGUACAAUAUAUUUUUUAAAUAUUCGUAAGGAGGUAAGGAGCACCAUCUUUACGGGACUAGUUGAAAAAGUUGGACACUUUAGCAAGUUAUUGUUGGAAGAGUCACCGAAAUAGCGCUGGUGUAGGAAGUGGAAGUGAUAUGAAUAUAGCAGUUUUAAACAGAGCCAAGUGUGGUAUGUAGUUUAUGGCGUUGUUUUUAAAAUCUUUUCGCUUGCUACUGUGGCGCCACCUUAAUUGGCCCACUUUCAGCGGACACUUUUUAAUGCACUGAGCUGGUGCUUACCUCUACCCUCCAUACAAGAAACAAAACGGAAGACGCCCACGUAAAAGUAAUUCGAACAUACACCCUAGAGUUUGUCUUUGAUCUAAGUAGCAGAAAAAAAAAACUCCUGAAUGUAUUUAUACUAUUUUUGAAUUCAUAAUAAUAUCAAAGUGUCACAUUAUACCGAUAAACACUAAUUUUACUGUAAAAUUUAUAAUUUAAAAACUGAGACUUGAACUCAUGUCUUGAAUGUAGGCGGUGGCAUUCACGUUUUUGAUGUCUACGGGCUCCGGUGACCACUUAACAGCAGAGGGACCGCGAGUUCGUCUAUCAAUCUGUAGAACAUUCAGUUACCACCAGGAUAUGUUUUAGAGUAGACGUAUCAGGACUCGAUGGCUGAAACUACGAAACAACUAGAUAGAGAACACUGUCGAAGUUUAGAGCGUAGCAGAUAAAUAAAAAUAAUGAAUUGUCUAGGUGAUUAAGAAAGACUGUUUGGAAACGACAAUUGUGUGAUCAAUGUGUAAUAUCAUUAAUAUAAAAAUAAUUGACAUGGCAAAAUGAAUUAAAUUAUUCUUUAGUGUUGCCAGAAAAAAACAA